AUGAGCAGUCUCGUUGAGGAAGCAGUCAAGAAGCUGACCAACACGGUCGAGACCCUCGAGUCCAGAAUCAAGUCUCUGGAGGACCGCGCAGCUGGCGGUUCCGGCAAGCUCACCACCGAUGAGGUCCGCAUGAUCCUCAUCGGUCCCCCCGGUGCUGGCAAGGGCACUCAAGCUCCCAAGAUCAAGGAGAAGUUCAACUGCUGUCACUUGGCCACUGGCGACAUGCUGCGAUCCCAGGUCGCCAAGAAGACUCCGCUCGGCCGGGAAGCUAAGAAGAUCAUGGACCAGGGCGGCCUGGUCAGCGAUGACAUUGUCAUUGGCAUGAUCAAGGAGGAGCUCGACAACAACAAGGAGUGCAAGGGAGGCUUCAUCCUUGACGGUUUCCCUCGUACCGUCCCCCAGGCCGAGGGUCUCGACGCCAUGCUCAAGGCCCGCAACCAGACACUCCAGCAUGCCGUUGAGCUCCAGAUCGACGACUCAUUGCUCGUCGCCCGCAUCACUGGCCGCCUCGUCCACCCCGCCAGCGGCCGCAGCUACCACAGCACCUUCAACCCUCCCAAGGAGUACAUGAAGGACGACAUCACCGGCGAGCCCCUCAUCCAGCGCAGCGACGACAACGCCGAUGCCCUGAAGAAGCGCCUUGCCACUUACCACGCCCAGACCGCCCCCGUCGUCGGUUACUACAAGGCGAACGGUAUCUGGAAGGGCCUCGACGCUUCGCAGCAGCCUGGCCAGGUGUGGAAGAACAUGCUUGAGAUCUUUGACGAGCAGCGCAAGGGUGGCCACGCCUCCGGCAUCCUGAGCCGCAUCACCGGAAAGAACUAA